AUGAAGUCGACUCACCCUAUCUCCUUAUUGCUGCUGCUUCUGCCAUUGAAUGUAGCUGCAGAGACUGAGGUGAUCACAGGAACCGAUGUGACAUGUUCGUGGAGUCAUAAUGUUGCUCAAAACCCAUCUUUCGAGCUCGGGUCCCUCUCUCCUUGGGCUGUCUAUGAAAGCGAGGGCACUUCAACUAUUGUGGCAGACACUUCUGAUGACGGGGGCUAUGUUGCAGCAUUGACACCGGCCACUUCAGGAUGGGGCUCGCUCUACCAGAGCUUGACCGACCUCACCGUAGGACAAACAUACGCACUGUCCUUUGACUAUAAAAUUGCUUCUGCUGCUAACUCCGGAACCUGCAAUUUCUAUUUUGCGGUCAACGGCGUUUUCGGCACGAGUCGCAUCACCACAACUCCCAUGGGAUAUGUUGCGUACUCGGGAUCUUCAGCAACCCCAGCUUCUUCAUCGUGGAGGACCCUGUCGACGACAUACGCACCUACCAGCACAAGCCUCGACUUGAUGCUUUUUGUGAUUUGUAGCGGAAAUUCUCGCGUCCCUCAGGCUAUGCCUCAAGUCUACUUUGACAAUGUUCAAUUUAGCAACGAUAAUGUCGAAAUCGAGACUUGCACUACAUCUACUUAUACCUCGACGGUCACUAUUGCCUCUACUUCGACUCCUGUCAGUAUAUCAUCGGCCGUGGCUACUAGCUCCGUCGUGGUCUCGUCAGCUGUGGUCGUCUCUCAAACGCCUUCCAGCAUACCUGCUGCGAGCACGUCGUCGUCGUCUGUGAUUGUUGUGUCGAGUUCUACUCAAACCGAGUCACCAAAGACUUCUACUAACCCUGUCGUUGCAUCCUAUAUACCCACUUCGAGUACUCCAUCUAGCACUCCUUCCAACACUCCUUCCAACACUCCUACCAGCGCACCUGCAGUGAUCUCCUCGUCUAUUGUAUCGCCUUCAAGUGUCGUAUCUUCGACAAAACUACAAUCCUCAUCGGUGGAAGUGCCGACUCAAUCAAAUCUGUCGCCUAGUUUCUCCUCCGCAACCCCCACAAGGCGACCAUUGCCUUCUAGUUCGAGGAUUCCAAUUUCCCAUACGUCACCCUCGGCUUCACCACCGAAGCAAUCAUCGACUGUUCUGCCUUUGUCGGUUCCCAGCCUGUCAAGCGGAAAUCCUAACUCCAUAGGACAAUCUUUACCUUCGAACUCGGGAAUUCCAAUCUCCCAAAUAGUCAUUCCUUCAUCACCGGCUACCGCAGCCCCCCAAUCAACGGCACCCGUUAAUUUGCCCGUGCCUCGGCCAAGCGCAAGCAACGAUGCUUCUUCGAUCCACGUCGCUCCAUCGGCCCAGACCACAUCUGUUGCAUCCAUCAGCGUUAUAAGCACAGUCGACAUUGAUGGUUCCUCAAGCCUUGUCCCUAUGCCCGCCGCACCCGGAGCCACCACCACCACCACUGUUGCCACGAUUCAAACCUCAGCCAACUCGAUGGCAGGGACAAAGACCUCCCCCUUGACGAUCGGUACCAUGACGGUCAUUGAGACACAACUCAGCCUGCUACCAACUGUAACAGCUGAGCCACUGCCUGGAAAUGAAGGAAGCGCUUCAAACCUUGGUUUCACGAUAUCUACUGUUUUUAGCACCCGGACCGCAACAAUCACAGCUUGUCCCUCCAGUGUCCAUGAUUGUCCCGCUUCCGCCAAGUCUACCUACAUCACAACCGAAACCAUUGUGGUUUCAACUACCAUCUGCCCAGUCACUGCCGUAGAAGCCACUACCGCCGCCGCCCCCCAAAUAACAGGAAGCACGGGCGCUGGAGAUAUCGCGUACACGACAUCGAGUGUGUUCAGUACUCGGACAGCCACAAUUACAGCCUGCCCUGUCAGUGUCCAUGAUUGUCCCGCUUCCUCCAAGACUACUUCUGUGACAACGGAAACUAUCCUUGUAUCCACUACCAUCUGUCCUGUCACUGCCACUGUCACUGCCACUGCCACCACCGCCGUUCUUUCUGUGGGAGCAGGAACCAACCCCGUUGCGGGAGAUAUGACCACAGAAACUCUUUUGACUACGGUGACCAAGACCAUCACCGCUUGCCCCUCUACGGUGACAGACUGCCCUGCUUCUCAGAAACAGACAUACACCACCGCCGAGACUCUCGUUGCAGGAAUCACUACGUACCCAGUUUCCUCUGCUAAGGAGUCUUCGGCUGCGAACGACUUCGAUGUUUCGACUACGACUCUUUCACUUGUGCUCGUUGGAAAUGGAAGCAGCAAACCUACAGAAACCGGAACCACUAUUCUGAUCGAACCGACAGUGUCUGCUUCAAAGUCGACAUUUGUCUAUGCUGAUUCCACUUCGUUCGAAGUUGCAGGAUCCACUUCCGCUGCGCCUACAGUUUCGACGUCAGGAUCACCUGUUGAUGUUGAUGUUGAUGUUUCGGCCCAGGCUACAGAGUCCCAGUCCGCCGAAGCAGCUGGUAACUCCGUUUCUGCUUUACAGACCGCAAGCGCGGCCAUCCAUAAUGGAGUUAACGGCUCUACACACUCCUUCUCCGCUCUCAUUCCAACAACCGCUAGCAGCAGCACUCUUACUUCCUUGAAGAGCUCUGCUACUACCUCAGCGACAUCCACUCAGAUAAAUAGCGAUGUUACUGCCGCACCUAGUGUCGCGUACACUGGUUCUGCGUUGGUUCUUCGUUCCGAGUGGUUAAAGGUGGUUGGCGGUAUUUUCCUUAUUUUGCUCGUUUAG